GGAACUUGGAGGGACACUGGGGGGACACUGGAGUCACUGGGGGGACAUAACGGGGAACACUGCGACACAAAGAGGGGACACUGUCCCAGGGCCACCGGUGCUCAGGGCCCCUCAGCCUCUGGUCCCAGUGUCAUGCGGGGCCCUCCCAGUAACGCCCCCAGUACCCUCGGCAGUCCCAGUAAUCUCAGUGCCCCCAGUAAUCUCAGUGCUCCCAGUAGCGUCCAGUGCUCCCAGUAUCCCCGGUCUGCAGCGCAUUGAUUCCCCGACCUGUCAAUCAUCGCCUCCGCCCCUCCUCUUCGCCGAGCUCGGAAGCCGAUUGGCCAAGCGUCACGUCUCUACAAUCCCCGCCCUCCCCGUGGCGCUUCCACCGCUGAUUUGCCCGUUCUCCUUCCCGCCCUUUCUCUCCCGCCUGCUCCUCUCCUAUUGGCCCCUCACCCCGUCAAUCUCUCGUCCUCCCUCCCCCUUUCAUUGGCCCCUGCUCUGUCCAUCAGGUUCGGCGGGCGGUGAUUGGCCGGGGCGGGGGGGCGGGAGCGGAAGCCGUGAGGGGGCUGAGGGGAGACCGGGCCACCAUGUCGGGCCCUGAGGCGGCGGCGGCGGCCAGGACGGGCCCGGAAGGGGCCGGGAAGGGCCCGCGAGCGGAGCCCUUGGGGCACCUGGAGCUGCUGGAGCACUGCGGGCGCUGCCGGGAGCGCCUCAGCCCCCAGCGGGACCCGCGGCUCCUGCCCUGCCUGCACUCGGUGUGCGGGACCUGCCUCGGCGGAGAUGGAGCGGUGUUCGAGUGCCCCGUGUGCCGCUACCAGUGUCCCCUGGGGGACAUCCUGGACAACUUCUUCCUGCAGGACAGUGGGGCUGGAGCCACCGCAGGGCCUGAGCCCCGCCAGAGCUGCAGCAGCUGCGAGGACAACGCGGUGGCCACGAGGUUCUGCGAUGACUGCGCCGAGCCCCUGUGUGACACCUGCGUGCAGGCCCAUCUCAGGGUCAGGUACACCCGGGGCCACUCCGUCAGGGACAUCGGCUCAGCCCCGCCCCGUUCCGGUGCCAGUCCCGCUCUGGGGCCGUGCCCAGAGCACCCGGAGGAGCCCCGGGAUCGGUUCUGUUCCAGCUGUUCCACCCUCGUGUGCCACCUGUGCCAGCUCAGCACCCACCAGGGCCACCGUUCCCAGAGUGUUCCUGAGGCGGCUCGUGAGCAGCAGUCGCUGCUGCUGGACGUGUCCCGCUGCCUCAGCACCAAACUGGCCUCGCUGCAGGACUGCCAGCGGCACCUGCGGGGCCUGCAGCGCCAGGGCUCGGAGGCGCAGCAGCGGCUGCAGGUGGAGGUGAAAAUGGCCAUCCUGCAGGUCAUGAGGGAGCUCAACAAGCGCGGCAAGGUCCUGCUCGGGGAGGCCCAGAAGGUGACGGAGAUGUGGCAGGAGGAGCUGGAGCGGCGGCUCCGGGCGCUGUCGGAGCUGCAGAAGCACCACGAGCUCGUCAUGUGCUUCGUGUCCCGGGCCAUGGGCACCUCCCGGGGCACUGCCCUGCUGCUCUCCCACAGACUGAUCCAUUCCCAGAUCCAGCGGAGCCUCCGUGUCCCAGUGGAGCGUGAGGAGCCCCCGGGGGAGCUGAAAUUCCAGUGGGAUCUUCCCGCCUGGACCAAGAGCGCCGAGAACUUCGGCACCAUCAUCUCGGAGUGGCCCCUGCCCCGCCCCGGGAGCCCCCCCCCUGCCAUGAGGCCCCGAGAUCCCCCCCCGGCCCCACAGGUGGUGAGCAACGGGCAGGUGACCCCCAGGCUGCUCUUUCAGCCCCCCCAGAACAGGGCUGGAGGGGGGGCACAGGAGGCCCCCUGGGGGUCCCCCCCAAUUGGGCGGGAGGCUCUGGGCCCCCCCCUCCCACCUCAGUUUCCCUCCGGGAUCGAGGGCUUGGAAUGUCCUGACUUGUCCCCCCCACACCUGGAGCCGCCGCCGGAGACCCCCAAGCUGGCAGCCACCGGGCCCCCCGAAAACACCGUCACAGGAGGGGACAGGAGGAAAUCUGGGAAUUCCCCCCGGGAGGAAAAGUUUGUUAAGAAGCUGCUCAUUAAACGGAGGCGUCCCCGAGGGUGCCAGGGCCCCCCCCCACGCCCCCUCAAGGUGCCGCGGGUGUCGCUGGAGCGGCUGGAGCUGGGCCUGGCGCUGGACCCGGCCCUGCCCCUGCCCGCCUUCCGCGUCCUGCCGGGGCCCUCGGCCGGGCAGUUCAGCGUCAUCGUCAUCGAGCAGGGGGGGACAGCCCAGGGGACACCACAGGGGACAGCCCAGGGGACAGUGCAGGGGACACCCCAGGGGACACCCCAGGGGACAGCGCAGAGCACACGGCCACAGGGAAACAUCCCCGUCAAGGAGGAGCCUCAGGAAUUGGCCAUCGGGGACCCCGGGGACACCAAGCCCGUGGGGCUGCUGCCCCCUCCCACCGUGGGGGGUGUCCCCAGGGGUGUCCCCUCGGAGGGUGUCCCCUCGGAGGGUGUCCCCUCGGAGGGUGUCCCCACUGAGGGUGUCCCCGUGGGGUGGAGCUGCCGGGUGUGUGGCCGUGCGGGGGCCGUGGUGAUGUGUGACCGGUGCCAGCGCUGCUUCCACCUGCACUGCCACCUGCCCGCCCUGCUCGAUGUGCCCAGCUCCGACUGGACGUGUUCGCUGUGCCAGGAGCUCCCCCUGCCCUCUCAGGGCCCCCUGGGCCAGGGAACCCCCGCCCGACUGAGCCCCCUGGACCAGCAGAGGUGUGAGCUGGUGCUGCUGGAGCUGCUGUGCCACGAGCCCUGCAGGGCCCUGCAGCGCCCGCGCGGCCUUGCGGAGGGGGGUCCCGCCCUGGACCUGACCCUGAUGAGGGCGAAGCUGCAGGAGAAGCUGAGCCCCCCGUACAGGACCCCUGAGGAGUUUGCCAGGGACGCCUGGAGGGUCCUGGGGCAGCUCCAGGGGACCACCGAGGACAAGGUGGGGCUGCAGUCCCUGCUGAGCGUCCAGAGGUUCCUCGAGACCCGCCUGAGCCGCGUCUUCGGGGACAGGAAAUUCUGGGACCACCCAGGGACCCCCCUGCAGCCUGAGCCCCCUCCCCAGGGGGGCUGGGACCACCCGGGGUCACCCCCGGUGUCCUGGGACCCCAAUUCUGCUGCUCCAGGGUCCUGAUCCCCCUCCCCGGGGUCCUGAAACCCUCCCUGGGACCCCAAUCCCCCUCCCCAGGGUCAUGAUCCCCCUCCCAGGGGUCCUGAAAUUCCCCCCAGGACCCCAGUUUGUUCUCUGGGACCCCAAUCCCCCCUCCCAGGAUCCCAAUCCCCCUCACCAGGGUCCUGGUCCCCCCUCCAGGACCCCAGUUCUGCUCCUUGGACCUAUAAAACCACUCCUGGUCCUUCUUCCUUGUGGGUCAGGAUUUGCCAGGCUGUGACCCCGUGGGAGGCCCAGGCUGGAGCAGGGUCCUGGCAGGGACCUGCAGGAGAGGGAAGCCCAGGAUGGAGCAGGUUUUUCUCGGGUAGGACUCGUGGCCCCUGUGGGGGACCCAGGCCAGUACAGCUCAUUCCUGAAGGACUGACCCCACGGAGGAGUGACCCACGGGACAGCAGGUUGGGAAGAGCUGCUGCCCGAGGGAUGGACUCAGGGCAGAGAGAUCCAUCAAGGGGAAGGACUCCAACCCCUCUCCCUGAGCAGCAGCAGAAACAACAACGGACUGUAACCCCCAUUCCCUGUGGCCCUGCACCGCUGGGGAGGAGCAGGGAGAACACGGAAGGAGGGGUGGGGGGAAGGUGUUCUUAAGACUGUUUUAUUUCUCAGUCUUUGGUUCUUAUCCUGUUAGUAAUAAAUUUAAGUACCAUCCCC